GUUUUGUUUCCAUGACAACGGAUCCGCUUGUUAACUUUAGACGUGGCUGCCAAGUUGAAAUCAAAUUGUAGAAUUAUAAUGGUAUUAAUCCAUCUGUAGGGAAAAUUGGAGAGCCAUCACCGUUUGCUAAUCGAUUUGAGACUGGAAAAUUGUAUCUUGCGGUCAGUGAGCAAUUAAGGACGCAGGAUGGUCAAGAAAGGCAAGAAAAAUAAGAACAAAGUUCCCAAAAAUCCAGGCAGUUUCUAUGAGCUGGCAAUGCGUCUGAGAAAGGUGGAAGAAGAGGAUCUAGAUGUGUCCCUGAAUCGCGCCUUUCUUCGAAAAGACAUUGACCAGUCAAAAAAGAGCAUGGAACUGCUGCGAAAGAAAUGGAAAGAUAUGACUGGUGUUAAAGGAGCGGAGAAUGUCAGGGAUCAUUGUCUAAAAGCCUGGCAUAUGUUCGAGAAAGCUGUUGAAAAAAAGGAUUUGCUAAUCGCACAUCUACAAGAAGAUUUGGACGCGGUAGUGAAUAUCAGAAAACAGUCCUACAAAGAUUAUAUUGGUGUAAUCGAUAAUUCAAUAAUGUCGUACAAGACCCAAGUUGAAGAGAUAUAUGAAGAUUUCGUCAAUCACACAAAACAGUAUCAAUCAGAUCAUCGCGAGCAUAUGGAGAAGUUUGACUCGAUGAGACAAGCAGCUAUAGAACGAUUACAGGUUGCGUUAUAUUGCAUCGAUAAGAAGGAGAAAGAUGACGAUCAACAGAGAAAAGCGAAACUCUCUUCUAAAAUUGACGAGUUGAAAGAUCAAAGAUUAGAGGACUUGAGGUGUAUGAAUGUGCACGAGUAUGAGUUGGAGAAAUGUUUCAAAGAGAUGUGUGAAGUUUUGAAACACUAUGAAGAAAAAAUGGCGGCGAUUAGAGUGAGAGGUCCCAAGUACGACAUGGAAAAACAAGAAGUUGUGUGUGAUGACAAGGUUGAUUUUCUUCAGCUGAAAAACAGAGUGGAACUCUUGACUAUUGAAAACUUAGAGAAAGAGUACAAACAGUUGAGAAGCAAAUGGAUGGCCUAUAAGAAGAAAUCACAAAGCGAAAUAAAAAAGGAGGAGAAGCGUAUGCAGAGAAUGAUAGUGGAAAGCGGAGAAGCAAUAAAGGAGCUCAGAAGAGUGGAGGAAAAAGUAACCUCGAUAUGUAAACUCGAACGUCAGUGCAAGAAAUUGCUCACAGCUGAAGAAUGCGAAAACAGAUUCAGAAUGUUGGAUGAGAAUUUGAAUUCAAAAUACACCAGUAAUAAUCCGAAUAUAACACUCGAGAAAAAAAUGAAAAGGUUCUGGGAAAUGAAUGCUGAGUGCAUCAAGUUGAAGAAUUCUUUGUUGUAUGAGAGACAGGUGUUGAAGGCAGAAAAUGAUAAGUUGAGGCAACAGUUGAUGGAUAUGAAAGGGAAGUGUGAAUUUGAUAUACGUGCGGGAGAGGUAUAGAUAAGUCAAAAGGAAAACAUUGAACCGUCUUGAUGUUUCCUAGAAGUAGUCUGAAUAUUUGCACAUAAUAAUGAAUAAGAUUGGAAUCUAGAAUAGAAUUACUUCAAUAAGACGGUGGAUAAGAUCAUUUACUUGCAUGAUUUUUGAACAUAUAAAUUCAAAAUCUCCUCGUUCUUCUGAAAGUAUAAUAAUACUAUCAGAAACAGAAUAAUUCGCUAUUUGUGAUGAAAUUCUCCCAGACCGUUUAAUUUAUGUACGAAAUUGUUCAAAAUAUAAAAAAAACUUAUUUUAUACGCUAUUUUCUUGAGAUUUUAAAGAAAUUAGAAAAAUCAACAUGUUUCCGUGAUCAUG